AUGGCGCCAAUCACAACAGCAUCUUCAGAAGAAGGAAGUGCCCCACUCUCCACCGAAACACAGAUUCCUUUGGGUGAAUAUUUGUUUUUGAGAGUAUGCCAGGCCAGCCCCAAGAUUCGCUCUGUCUUCGGAAUUCCCGGUGAUUUCAAUUUGGCGUUGUUGGAGCAUCUCUACACAGAGUCAAUUUCAAUUGCUGCAAAAUUAGAGUUUGUGGGGUUCUGCAACGAGCUUAAUGCCGCAUAUGCUGCCGAUGGAUACGCAAAGCUGAUUGAUGGUCUUAGUGUUUUGAUCACCACUUUUGGCGUUGGCGAGCUUUCAGCGUUGAAUGGCAUUGCCGGUGCCUUUGCCGAGUAUGCUCCCGUGUUGCACAUUGUGGGAACAACUUCAACAGAACAGGCAGAGCAGGCUCUUAUUGCAAAUGCAGAGGAGGUGAGAAAUAUACAUCAUUUGGUUCAAAAUAAAAACUCUUUGAUGUCUCCUGAUCAUGAUGUCUACAAGCCCAUUGUAAAGAACCUAUCGGUGAUUCAAGAAUCUUUGGAUACGGACACCUCCAAGAACUUGGAAAAGAUUGAUCGAGUCUUAGCAAACAUUUGUCAGGAAAGAAGACCGGGCUAUCUCUACAUUCCCAGCAAUGUAUCGGAUAUUAUGGUUCCUGCUAGCAGAUUGCAGCAGCAAUUGGAAAUAAGCGAGUUGACCGACGAGGCGUUGUUGAAAGACGUAACAUGCAGAAUCUUGGACAAGUUGUAUGUGUCUGAGAAACCCUCGGUGUUAGGUGAUGCUUUGGCCAGCCGGUUUGGUGGCCAGAAUGCUUUGGAUGACUUUGUGGAAGCAAUGCCUUCGAACUUCGUGAAGCUCUUCAGUACGCUUUUGGCUCGAAACAUCGACGAAACAUUGCCCAAUUUUGUUGGCGUCUACGGGGGGAAGUUGUCGUCAGACUCUGGCGUGGCUGCGUCUCUUGAGCAAGACUCCGACUUCUUGUUGAUUCUAGGCCAUACAAACAAUGAAAUCAACUCCGGUGCCUACUCUAUGAACUUUGGGCAAGUUUCAGAUCUGGUGCAAGUGCAUCCAGACUACAUUCUCAUUGAUGGCGAGUAUGUUCACACAAAAGAUCCAGCCAGUGGAAAGAGGCUGUUUUCGAUUGUCGACUUGAUACAGCGACUCGCUGCCCAAUUCAAGCCCACCCGGCUCAUGCACAACGAUGGCAAGGUCAACAACAUCAACGUGAAACGAGAAAUCAAGCAGUUUGCGUUGUUGGACAAAGUGCCGGCGGAGACUAUCACGCAAAACAAGUUGGUGGACUUUUUCAAUGCCUACUUGCGGCCCAACGAUAUUGUGGUUUGCGAGACUUGCACUUUUCUCUUUGCAGUGUGGGACUUGAGGUUGCCCCAGGGCGUCACGAUCAUUGCACAGAGCUUCUACGAGUCAAUAGGGUAUGCGCUCCCAGCGACGUUUGGCGUUUCGAGAGCAGAAAGAGAUUUGGGCGGCAAGCGCCGAAUCAUUUUGAUCCAGGGCGACGGGGCGGCCCAAAUGACGGUGCAAGAAUGGUCCACGUACUUGAGAUACGACAUUCAGAACCCGCAGAUCUUUCUUCUCAACAAUGAGGGCUAUACCGUGGAGAGAAUCAUCCAGGGCCCCACCCGCCCCUACAACGAUAUCCAGGACACCUGGAAAUGGACGGAGAUCUUCCUGGUUUUUGGCGACAAGGCCGGCGAAAAGCACGAGACACACAAGGUGAGCACGGCGGGCGACUUGGACCGUCUUCUCAGGCGCAAGGCCAGCCCCAAGAUACAGCUCUACGAGCUCAAGUUGGGAAAGUUGGACAUUGUCGACAAAUUCCGCGUCUUGCGCGAGUAGCGCAUCGGAAAUGCGAUUAUACGGUUUGCAAAAUUGAUACCCGAUGAGGCUGUGCACGAGAAUCUGAGUCGUGCUGGUGGCCUUUGAGGCAGCAUCUGCAUUUAUCUCGGGGUUACUGGAGCUAGCCCCAGGCAUUCCAGCAAAUAGUCAAUAAAACGAGAAAACUACAACGGUGUCAACACACCAAGUAGGUCUAUAUGCGAGUGGAUUAGUAAAGAGAGUAGGUUAAUACCAAAAUUUAGAAGCAGAGAGAAUGUUAAUGAAGUGAGGAUGUUAAUAAACGAGGUUUUUGAAUACAGCCCCUUCCCCACGCCCCCUCCCAAUACCGCCCCUCUUCCUCCAACCAGCCCCCUCUUCCUCCCACCGGCCCCCACGCAGCACAUCGGCUCACACUCGCUGCGACGCUUUUCCAUUGCAGUGAGUGUUGUGGGCGAUAUCUUG